UGUCAGUCAGACAGCAGUCGCCUUCAAGGGAAUAGUACUUCAAUUUUAGAUGAAAUGCUCCAAAUAGCACUUGUCCAAAAGUUCUGCGACCAGUUUUGUGUUACGUUCUUUCCUUCUCGUGGCUUUUGUGGCUGGCAGUUCGACCUCUCAUAAUGCCUGUAUCCCCAAGGUCGCAACUCCCCGCUGCAUAGGUUGAAUGCAGCUUCUUUCUGACUCCUGCACCUCUCUCAAUGUAUCGUAAUCUUCAGCCCUCCACAUCUUGAAAGCUGAUGGUCCAAUCUGCCGCUUACUUUCAGCUUCUCAUUUCCUGUUUGGCAUACAUUCUCACUCGGCCUACAAUCCAUUUGAAAAUUUCACUUGCCUCAUGAUUUUUUCAUUCAGCGAUCUCCACAAGCAAGUCUUUUAUUGAGCCAAGUUGGCAAUGUCUUACGAUCUCUUGGAACGAAGAAGGUCCAAGUUUGUGUUAUGGAUUCCUGGCCAGCCAGAUAAUUCCAGACCUCCUCAGCUGGUCCUCGGGACAUUCAAUCCUAGCCCGCCAGCAACCGUUGCGACGUAUAAUCAAGUCUUCCGAGGACUACUCACAAGCACGAUCAAAGAUUUGUGGGAAAUCGAUCCCAGUGACAUUCAACCAGCAUUAAGUGACGGCACAUACCAUUACUGGUUCGAGAUCCAAGAUGAGUCUCCAGAGAAUCUAGGCAUAGUGCAGGUCACGGAUCCAAUUGCGUACAAUGUGGAUUACAGAGUCUCGAAACUCACGGGAGACAAGCAACAACCAGCUUCUGUGAUCAAGUUUCGUGAUGGAAAGCUGUGGCCUUGCGAUCGAGAUGGCCAUGAGCCUGGUCAGGUGAAAAUUCCGAGUCUCGAAAACAUUCCAGACAACAAUCAUUUGGUCAUCUAUGAGUUGCCAACAUCCUGGGCCCGAUUCACGAAAGUUGGCAAUGUUGAAAUGGACACUGGAACGUUCACCGAUGUUCUAGCACUCUUUGACUCUGGCUCUGCUGGCGAUCGCUUCAAAUCUGUCUCUGCAAUUGCCACGCAGGCUAUUCUCGCAGAUCUGGGCGUGAAUGCUCUUGAACUUCUUCCAGCUGCGGAUGCACGACCAACUGGCGAGUGGGGAUAUGCCACUGCGAACUACUUCGCCACUGAUUUCAAUCUUGGAACUGCAACUUCCCUUGUCAAACUCGUUGAUAAGAUUCACGAGAAGAAAGUUCGCUUCUUCACUGAUGUGGUCAUGGCUUUUGGACAUGAUCCAUAUAUAUACAUCGCGUACGAUCAGUUUCACAUCGAUCCAAGAUCACCGGCUGAAUUUGGUAACAAUGAACGUUGGCAAUCGCAUACCCCUCAUACAGAUGGCAAUCAACUCCGGGAUGGGUAUGGUGGAAGAAGCUGGCGGUACAUUCGGACCACCAAUACAUACGAUCCAGAGUCAGGCAAAGUCAAAGAUGUCAAUCCUUCGUGGGCUUUUCACAAAGCACAUGUCCAUCGCUGGAUGUCAGAUUUCGGGGUCGGCGGUCUCAGACUGGACAGCGUGAACAACAUUGCGAACUACGAUUUUGUUCGAUCUUACAAGGAACACGCAACGGCUGUCUAUCGUAAAAGAUAUAUCAGUCCUCUUAGUUCCAAGUUCCUCGUCAUCGGCGAAGAACUGAGCUGUCCGCUUGACCUCAUUCAAACUGGCUCCCUGAAUGCUCUCUGGAAUGAGCCUUUCCAAGCAAGGAUCCGAGCAGUCAUCUUGGGCGAAUCCGCUGACCAUAAUUUCGAAGACACAGUCCGUAAAAUGGUUGACUGUAGACAAGAUCCGAACCAUCCAUUCUGGGAUGGAGCUCAAGCAGUUAACUACAUCACAUCUCAUGACACAGAAGGCUUCCGCAAAGAGCGUCUCUACAAUUUCCUCUCCAGCAACCGAGUCGUCGAUAUGGAACGUCGCGCCAAGUUCGCUCAUGCACUACUCCUGACUGCCGUUGGGAUCCCCAUGAUCUUUGCAGGCGAAGAGUUCCUCGACCAACACGACCGAGACACAUCAGAGAAGCAGAUCGACCCUGUGAACUACGAACGCAAAUCCCAAGACUGGCGCUCCCGCAUCUUCGAUUACGUCUCAACUCUCAUCCAUUUUCGGAAGUCUUGCCCUGCCCUAGGAGACAACGACACGGAUUUUUUCCACGUAGAUUCCAGCCGGGGUGGGAAGAUCAUGGCGUGGAAACGAGGAGCUCCUGGUCACGAACCUGUUGUUGUGGUUGCUAAUUUUACGGAUUUCGAUACACCUGGUAGUGAGUAUUUUGUUCCGAAUUGGCCGGAGAGGGAAAGGGGUGAUUGGAGGGAGGUUACGCAGGGGAGGAAUGUGCCUGCUGAGUGGGUGGGAAGGGAGCCGUUGAUGCAUUGGGAGGUUAAGGUUUAUACUUAUUGGAAGGAGGGAUAAUGGAGAUGCUGAAGUGAUGGAAGGAGGGAUGCAUCAUUAUUUGGGGAGUGAGUCAAAAUAGGAGUUAUUUGGCGUGUGUUGAGCUUCCUAAGGUAUUGUAUUACUUCAAGUUUGUGAAGUUGUGAUGUGAUCGAGUGGUCAGCCGCUGUCGAGAAUCCUCAAAGGGCAGCUUUAAAGUCCAGAAUGCACUUAAAAUUCCUACAUUUAUCUUUUCACCUGAG